CAGAGGCGCACCGGGAAAGGGAAGCAGAAACAGAUCAGACAGCAGGUCGGUCGGUGAGCUGAGAGACAGACCACACAAAGUACCGGCGAAAAAACGGCAGACCUGAGCCUUUUGGUUUCUGUUGCGGCGGUUUCUUCUCCUGUGGACUAACGUUACGGGAAGUUUUAUUCAACGGUUCAGACGGACAGAGAGGGUCAGAAAGGCUGUCCACCAUGUCGGGGAGCAGGGAGGAGGAGAGGAGGAAACUGGCCGACAUCAUCAACCAUUGGAACGCCAACCGGCUCGACCUGUUCGAGAUCAGCCGGCCCACAGAGGACUUGGAGUUCCAUGGCGUGAUGCGGUUCUACUUCCAGGAUCGGGUUGCCGGUAACUUUGCCACCAAGUGCAUCAGAGUGUCCAGCACAGCGACAACGCAGGACGUCAUCGAGACGUUAGCUGAGAAGUUCAGACCAGACAUGAGGAUGCUCUCCUCGCCAAAAUACUCCCUUUAUGAGGUCCAUGUCAGUGGCGAAGAGCGUCAGCUGGACAUGGACGAGAAGCCUCUUGUUGUUCAGCUGAACUGGAACAAAGACGACCGAGAAGGACGCUUUGUCUUGAAGAAUGAGAACGACAUCCUUCCCAAGAAGAGUCAGAGUAAUGGGCCCGAGAAGGAGAAGGAUGGAGUGAUCCAGAACUUCAAAAGGACUUUGUCCAAGAAGGAGAAGAAAAAGGAAAAGAAGAGAGAAAAGGAGUCCGCCCGGAUCCCCGAUGGAGACGAGCAGGCGCUCAGCCGGGAGGACGGGGAAAACAAUCGUCUGGCGGCAGAGGUUUACAAGGACAUGCCGGAGACCAGCUUUACCAGGACAAUCUCCAACCCAGAGGUGGUGAUGAAGAGGAGACGCCAGCAGAAACUGGAGAAACGCAUGCAGGAGUUCAUGAGCAGUGAUGGGAGGCCCGACUCAGGAGGCACUUUGCGGAUAUACGCUGACAGUCUGAAGCCCAACAUCCCGUAUAAGACCAUCCUGCUCUCCACUAGAGACACGGCUGACUUUGCUGUGGUGGAGGCGCUGGAGAAGUACGGGCUGGAGAAGGAGAACCCCAGAGAGUACUGCAUCGCUCGGCAAGAUGAUAAGUCGGGCAAGGACAUGAUUCUGGACGAUACUGAGUGUCCACUGCAGAUCUUCAGGGACUGGCCCGCUGACAGAGGUUCGCUAGUGUUCCAGCUGAAAAAGAGACCCCCCGACUACCAGGGGAGGAAGGGAAGGAAAGGCGACGACAAGGGCCUUCGAGGGAAGGAGGGCAGCACCAGCUCCUUGCCGCCCGAGAAACUGCCUUACCUGGUGGAGCUGAGCCCAGGGCGAGGGAAUCACUAUGCCUACUACACCUAUCGGCACCACGAAGACGGGUCUGACUCACGUGACAAACCAAAGCUGUACCGGCUUCAGCACAGCAUCACCGAGGUCGGCUCAGACUGCACAGAGGACGGAGCCAUCCAGCUGCUCGGUCCGGGGAUUCUGCCCCACCACUGCAACCUCAUGCACAGUGAAGGCAUGGUCACUGUGACGCCGCACGGCCCAGACGCAGACACCUUUGUCGACGGGCAACGAAUUACCGAGACGACGCUGCUGCGUUCGGGCUCCACCCUCCAGUUUGGUUCUGCACACGUCUUCAAGUUUGUGGACCCGAUGUUCGACCAGGGAGGGAAAAGAGAACCGGCCUCCAUGAUGAGGGGCCGACACAAGUCUGGCAGUGUACCAGAAACCACCUUCGACCUUCACGGAGACGUCCACAGUGGAUCUGCUCUGCCUACCAGCAAGAGCUCAGGGAAGCUGGAGAUGGAGAGAGGCAUGGUCAAACCCAUGAUCAGAGGAGAGCAGCAGGACAGCAGGUCUCAGGACAUUUCAGCAGACAGAACAGAGUUGACUCUGCCAGCCGGCAUCGAGUUCAGAGACAACUCUGAAGACACCUUCCUGUCAGCCAUCAUCAACUACACUAACAGCUCCACGGUCCACUUCAAACUCUCACCCACCUAUGUCCUGUACAUGGCCUGCCGCUUCGUCCUGUCACCUUCUUACCGGCCCGACAUGUCGCCGUCUGAGAGGACGCACAAGGUCAUCGCCAUCGUCAACAAGAUGGUGAGCAUGAUGGAGGGAGUCAUCCAGGAGAUUCCUGAAGGGGAUCAGAAGCAGAAGAACAUUGCAGGAGCGCUGGCUUUCUGGAUGGCCAACGCCUCAGAACUGCUCAACUUCAUCAAGCAGGACCGAGACCUGAAUCGCGUCACGCUGGAUGCCCAGGACAUCCUCGCCCAUCUGGUCCAGAUGGCUUUCAAGUACCUGGUCCACUGUCUUCAGGCUGAUCUCAACAACUACAUGCCUGCCUUCCUGGACGACCCCGAGGAACAUAAUCCACAGAGACCCAAAAUCGAGGAUGUCCUGCACACCCUGACGGGGGCGAUGUCGUUGCUGCGGCGGUGUCGAGUCAACGCCGCCCUGACCAUCCAGCUCUUCUCUCAGCUCUUCCACUUCAUCAACAUGUGGCUCUUCAACAAGCUGGUGACGGACACAGAGUCGGGCCUGUGCUGUCACUACUGGGGGGCCAUCCUCCGGCAGCAGCUCAGCCACAUCGAGGCCUGGGCAGAGAAACAGGGUCUGGAGCUCGCCGCCGACUGCCACCUCAGUCGAAUUGUACAGGCCACCACCCUGCUCACCAUGGACAAAUACUCCAUGCAGGAUGUGCAGAACAUCCACAACACCUGCUUUAAGCUCAACUCCCUGCAGCUCCACGCACUCAUGACCAACUACCACUGUGCUCCAGACGAGCCUUACAUCCCACCUGAGCUGAUAGACCACGUGGUUGCUGUGGCAGAAAACACAGCAGAUGAGCUGGCGAGGAGUGAUGGGAGAGAGGUCCAGCUGGAGGAGGAUCCGGACCUGCAGCUGCCCUUCCUCCUUCCUGAGGAUGGCUACUCCUGCGAUGUGGUGCGCAGCCUCCCCAACGGCCUGCAGGACUUCCUGGAGCCGCUGCUGCAGAGAGGUUUCUGUAGGUUAGUACCCCAUCCCCGUUCGCCUGGUACCUGGACUGUCCACUUUGAAGGAGCUGACUGUGACAGCCACUUCUCCGCUGCUGACAGUUCUGAAAUGCCAAUGAGGAAAGACCCGGAGGUUGUCACGGUAACCCUGAAGAAGCACAACGGCAUGGGCCUCAGCAUCGUGGCUGCCAAGGGUGCUGGUCAGGAGAAGCUGGGCAUCUACAUCAAGUCUGUUGUCAAAGGAGGAGCAGCUGACGUGGAUGGACGUCUGGCUGCAGGUGACCAGCUGUUGAGCGUGGACGGGCGCAGCCUGGUCGGCCUAUCACAAGAGAGGGCAGCAGAGCUGAUGACGAGGACAGGCUCAGUUGUGACUCUGGAGGUGGCCAAGCAAGGAGCCAUUUACCACGGACUGGCUACUCUCCUCAACCAGCCCAGCCCCAUGAUGCCAAGAGCAUCAGACCGAGGCCGCGACAAGAACGGGAAACUGCGACCAAAGAGCGAAGGCUUCGAGUUGUACAACAACUCGGUGCAGAACGGCUCUCCGGAGAGUCCGCAGGCCGGCUGGGAUUCUUACCCCGAACCAAAGAAGAUGAGCAAUGAAGAUCGACUUCUCAAGAACCGAGCCGACCACCGCUCCAGCCCCAACGUAGCCAAUCAGAGCCAGAGUCCUGCGGGAAAAGCGGUGUACCCCGGAGGACCUGGCACUAAGAUCACCUCCGUCUCCACCGGCAACCUGUGUGCAGACGAUGAGCCCUCCCCUCCCCGUCCAGAGGCCUACCCCAUCCCCACCCAGACCUACCCCAGGGAGUACUUCACCAUCCCGGCCUCGAAGAGCCAGGAUCGGGUCGUUGGUCCUGGGCAGGGGCCCUCACAACACUGGCAGGGCAUGGAGGACAGAGAACGCCUCCCUUUGGUCGACAACAUCCACAACAGCAUGCAGCGGAUUAACCAUUCCCAGGAGGAGUUGUACCCCUCACCAGGAGGUAUGAGGCCAGACGAGCGCAUGCAGCAGCACUACCAGCAGGACUACCAGCACCGGGACCUGGACUACCAACACCGAGAUCUUGACUACCAGAGAGGUCCACCGGGAGGAGGUCCUGACCACUGGGCCCCACAGCCGCAGGUGUCCUCCUCGUUGGAGUCAUCCACAUCCAGCCAAGAGCACCUCAACUUCUCAGCCGCCUCCUCCUCCUCGUCCCAGAAGAACCAGAAGACCGGGCCGGGCCGAUGGAAGACGCCCAACGCCCCUCACGCUGCGCCGCCACAUUCGGCACAGGCGCCUUCGCGCUCCGACCUGCCCCCUCCGCCGCCCCCACCACCGGCCCCUUACCCUGAAGCCUACGACCCCUACGAACCCCAGCCUGAGCUACCGCUCCCGCCUCCUCCCUCCGCCGUCUCUCCCGCAACAGCCCAGCAGGCUGCUGACCGCAAGAAACGCGAGGAGCAGCAACGCUGGUAUGAGAAGGAGAAAGCUCGUCUGGAGGAAGAGAGGGAGAGGAAGAGGAGAGAGCAAGAGAGGAAGCUGGGUCAGAUCCGGGCCAACCCCGUCAUGCCUGUCCAACCUCACAACAACGGAGGAUCCAUGCCUCCUCCUCACCACCAGCCCCCUCUGCCCUCUGCGGCCCCGCCCCAGCCCUACCUCCCCCCACAGCCUCAGCCACAGCCUCCCCCAUCCAGACCCGAGAAGCUGGCCAGCCUGCCACGAUCGGCUGUUCCUCCCCCUGCUAACGCCUCCAACCCUGGCAUGGACACAGUGAUCAGGGAGCUGUUGCCACAGCAGCAGCCACGGACCAUUGAGAGGCGAGACCUGCAGUACAUCACCAUCAGUAAGGAGGAGCUAACGUCCAGCGACAGUCUGUCUCCAGACCCCUGGAAACGAGACGCCCGGGAGAAGGCCGAGAAACAGCAGCAGCUUCACAUCGUCGACCUGCUGGACAAGGAGAUCCAGGACCUCCAGUCAAAGCCAGAGCGAACUGCGGAGGAAAGCGACCGCUUGAGGAAGCUGAUGCUAGAGUGGCAAUUCCAGAAACGACUGCAGGAGUCCAAGCAAAGCGACGAGGACGAGGAGGAGGAGGAUGACGAGGACGUGGACACCUUGAUGAUCAUGCAGAGGCUGGAGGCCGAAAAGAGAGCCAGGCAGCAGAAUGCUGUCCCAGCUAUCUCUGUUCUAGACUUGUUGCAGGACGAAGAGCGACGGCGUAAGCAGCAGCUGGAGGAGAUUCGUAAGCGGGAAGCGGAGGAGCGAGCAAAACAGGAGGAGGAGAGAAGGUGGAGGGAGGAGGCCAAACGAGAGGCAGGGGAGAAGAGGAGACAGGAGGAGGAGUACUACACUCGCCUGGAGGCCGAGCGGCGCCGGCAGCACGAGGAGGCCGAGAGAAAGCUGCUGACGCCUGACGAGCCGGCCGGUCUGUAUCGGCCCCCGCUGCCCCGGGAUUACCAACCCCCCGCCCCCCACACCCCUACUAACACCCCCCCGCCCCCCCCACAGAGAAACACCUCCUACCUCAAAACCCAGGUCACCUCCCCCGACACGCUCUACACCGCCAAGUUUGUCUCCUACGAGGGCGAUGAGGAAGACGAGGAGGAAGCCACCAAAGCAGGGAGUGGCGGCGGCAACCAAUCAGGUCAGGUGAAGCUGUCGGCGACCAGGAAGUCGUACGGCGACCUCCAGGCCUCCGCCUCACCCAAUCACACCAGGCACCGGCCGCCGCCCACUGCGCGCAAGCCCCGCCCUCUUUCAGACGGCAUCUUCCUGUCUAGCUCGUUCCAGCUGCCAGACAACAACUCCAACAGUACAGGUCCCCCCCUUCCUGCCAAACCCAGCUCCAUGCCCCCCGGAGGCUUUAAAGGAUUUAACUCGUACACUGGAAACUCAGCAGGAGUUGUAGGAUCGGGAGAAGUCUACAAUGACCCGCGAGACAAAUGGCCGAAGAGGUGCUGCAGCGGCAGUCAGGAGCAGGAGAACUCUAACCCCAGCGGCGCUCCGGAGAGUCUCACCUUUAAGGAGCGCCAGCGUCUCUUCUCUCAGGGGAAGGAGGUGUCCAACAAGGUCAAGGCUUCACGCAAACUCAUGGAGCUGGAGAACGAGCUCAACACCAAGUAGUAGACCCGAGCCUUUCACCUCCCAGCGCCACCUUAACAAGGGCAUCGCCACGGUAACGUUAAGGUGAUCCUGGGACAACAAAAACGGGCGCUCGCUUCCCGACCACUGACCGCCUCCUCCCAUUUGUGUUUUCCCCCCUUUGUUUUUUUUAUUUUAAUCAUCGAAUAACUGGACCACUCACUUUUUUGACAUAGCUAUAUCGUUGCAAUAGGAGAGACAUUUAUGGCUUAAAAUAUUUCCUCCCCUCAUUAAGGUCUGUCAAAGAUAUAUAAUGAUAAAGCACUGUAAAAAAAGUUGUAAUUGUAACAAUUGAGAAUCACACGACAAAGGGGGAUAUAUUUUUGUUUAUAAAAUGGUUCUUGGGGCGAGGGGAUGAAGAGGUUUAUUCUCAUUUUAAAUUAGCUUUUUUUAAUUGUUAUUUUAAUGCUCUUUUUCGGCAUCAUGUUUUCACACUUUUAAUUGCCAGCAGAAAUGCCCACAGUUGAGCUCAAGACCAAUUGUUAUUUUCUUGUUUUUUUUUAAUUAAAUUCUCAGUGAGUGGAACUGCUAUUUCAUUCCGUAGCAAGAGCAUGGGAUUUUUUUUUUUUUUGGUGAUGUUUUAGAUAAACUCUGAAUGAUUCUCCAGAGGAGGAUCGUUACCAGUCCAGAGAAGGAUCUUUAAGUGCACAACAUUACUGUAAAUAUCUGGGUCCACAAGUGUCUCACUCUUUUACUACUGUAGAAAGCUGCCAGGCUACUUACUAAAAACUGCAAAAUUAAUGUGAUUUAACAGCAUUUUGGUGACAGAAAAUCCCAACAGGAAGUACUGCUAAAACUGGACCGUCUCCCUGCUGCUCCUCACUGUCAGUGGAGUUUAAGUUUUAAAUGUUUCGCCCCAAUCUGAGGUAACUCAUUUUUAUUUUAGUUGAAAUCAAAUAGGCAUUCUUUGCAGAGUUGUGUGAGAUUAAUUUGAUCGAUUGUACCCGAAAUUCAAGCCAGAAAAGGAUUUGUUUUUUUCACUCAAUGUGAUUGUUGGUUUUCACUCUCUUAUUCUUUUAAGUCCUCGUUUGCUUUACAGAUAUUUAUUUCAAACGUGGGAAAAAAAAAAAACAUACUUGCACAAAAACUUGUUUUUUUUAAUAUUAACUAUGUAUCUGCAAACUGUUUUAACAAGUGGAUUACAUUUGGGACCUCUCGUACUGUGGUAAUCUGUGUUUUCGUUUUUACACCAGCCGUAGUUCGGGGAGAUCCAGAUGUAUUUUUUUUUUUUUAAGGACUGGAGUCAAGUUGACAGAAUUGUGAUUGUACAAAUAUAUAUACACGCAGUUACCAUAGUCACUUUCACCAAUACUGCUGAUGUUGAAAAGGAGCGCACUUCUAACCCCGGUGUGUGUCCCCCCCAGUUUCAAAAUAAAAAGAUAAAACAGCGAUGUUUCAAAUGUAUCUCUCUUCUGCAGUUUGACUCCAUCCUGUGUGGAUUUAUUUAAUUCUCUCUCUUCAGGAGCCUCCACUGAAACAGAUUCUACAUGAGAUAAGGAUGCUGUUCUAAUUACUGACCUGUAAAAACACUACAGACCACACUGUCUCCUCUCCUCCCACACCAACAGCAACUCCUUUUUAGGUUUCAAAAUGAACAGAAUCAUUUAAAUGGUUUCAUGUUUAGCCUUUUGUAAAUCAUUAAUAAAUACAGAUUUUUCAACA